GUCAGUGAGCAAAAUCAGUAUGAGUUUCGCAUUUGAUUUUUUGAGAAAGCGCGGUGGUGAGCCCUUUUGCGAAAUUAUGCGUAUGCAUCCCAUCAUCCAGUGUCACAGUCUACGUCUCUCGUAAUGUGCCCUCACUAGUGGUGAAAAAGAAAAAAAACACCCAGAGAAGCCUAGCAUCGUUCAAUCGUCCGCGGGUACCGGGGCAUUUCCGAUGUGAUUUGAGAUGAAACGUGUUCGUGGGGUGGACGAGGUAGAUUUGCUAGCGACAGGAAUUACAUUGAAGCCCUCCACGGUUGGCGGUGGAGCGGUUUUAGGAAGCGGGGGGGCUACUAACCUGGACUAUCAUAAUAAUUCCAGCAGUGGAAUUGGAAUAGGAAUUGGAGUCAUAUCUGGUCAAGCAGUCAGACCUAUCACGUCGAAAGAAAUGCCAGGAAGCAUUCAAUUCGGGACUGCCCAAGCUCAGCAGCAAUACACAGGUGCAAUUGUUGUGCCAACUGCAGCUCCUUCCCCUGUCAAGGUAUCCAACCUUUCAUCAAACAAACAAAAAAAAAACAACAACAGCAACAACAAAAAACCGACAACAACAGCAACAACAAACAAAAAACAGAAAAACGAAACAAGAACAUUAACGCACAAUGAAACGCCGAAUAACAUCAGUAUACAGUGGUUGUUGGGCGUGAGGCUGCGCUUGAGAGCCCUGGGGAUUCGGCUGUGGACCAAUACUAUGGUUUCCUCCUGUGCCUAUCCCGGUAUUAUGCAAUGUUCCUCCGGUAUUAAUGCUACUUACACUGCACGUAGAGCUAAGGUCUACAAUGACUUUCUAGAUAUUAUGAAAGAGUUCAAGUCGCAGAGCAUAGAUACGCCGGGAGUCAUUAGAAGAGUUAGUCAUCUAUUUAAGGGCCAUCCCGAAUUAAUAGUUGGCUUUAACACUUUUUUGCCUCCUGGUUACAAGAUUGAGGUCCAAGCCAAUGAGCAGGGCUACGCCUUUCAAGUAUCUGUGAGCAUGCCGAACGAGGGAACGGGCCACACGUCGACGAUCUCUCAGCAUCACUGCACCCUCAGUGUGAGUUCGCCGCCGAUUUCGAGUCCCCCGAUUCAACCCACCAAGGCUCAGCCUGUCCUCCAAAUAAUGCAGGGAUCUGGAAGUAUACACCAUGGUCCGCUGUCAAACAAUAUUUCGAACAACAAUUUGACGGUGCACGGUCCCGCGUCACCGCCAGUCCAACCUUACAAUAAUUCCCACGUGACAGCAGCACAGGCACAAGCCGUAAGUCAGGCUUUGAGCCAAGCACAAGACGGCGUGUCCAAUAGUGGGCAAACCCAGCAGAGUCAACCUGUUGAAUUUAACCAUGCCAUCAACUAUGUCAAUAAAAUUAAGAAUCGAUUCCAAGGCCAGCCGGACAAGUACAAGAAAUUUCUAGAAAUUUUACACACAUAUCAGAAAGAGCAACGGAAUCUGAAGGAGUCGGGCCACAUGGGUGUCGGAACUGGAAGUGUGGUAGCCGGGUCCGGAAAAUUAACGGAAGCGGAAGUCUACAGUCAAGUGGCGAAGCUUUUCGAAAACCAGGAGGACCUUCUCCUCGAAUUUGGACAGUUUUUACCCGAUGCGACGAAUCAGCAGAGUCCGCUGUCUGCUAUGUUUCAGACUAACAAAGUCGGACCGGUUAACGAUCACUCGACGAUCACUAAGAAACCUUUAGGGCUGAAAACUCCGUAUAAUAAUUCUGGUACUCUGCCGAGGGAUCAUCGGGAUUCGGGCGGAACGGGUGGUGGUGGAGGUGGUGGAGGUGGUGGUGGAGGCGGUGGUGGUGGAGGUGGCGGUGGUGGCGGUCUUGAUCGGGAAAAUCGGGAAUACCGUGAUCGAGAACGGGAACGACCAGGAUCCAGAGAUAUUAGUGUGGGUCAAAAAAUUGGCCACAGUACGGGCCAAUUGAAGAGAAGUCCUUCGUUCACGACUUCGAUGUCGACCGGGAAUUCACAUCACAUCCAGCAUGGUCCACCGCCUGCUAAGAAACACAAGGUUGCCUCUGUUCGCGACUCUUCAAUCGCCGAAGUUGGAAAAUACGGCAGCUUGAAUGACUACGCUUUUUUCGACAAGGUUCGAAAGGCUCUCAGAUCUCAGGAAGUCUACGAGAACUUUCUCCGAUGCUUGGUCUUGUUUAAUCAGGAGAUCGUUUCUAAGUCUGAGUUGUUGCAACUGGCAACGCCCUUUUUGGGACGGUUUCCAGAACUACUGCGAUGGUUUAAGGAUUUUCUGGGCCAUGUGCCGGAGCAAACGAGUACGACCUCGGCGAAUAUCACAAGUGCGCUGGGAAUUGAGGCGCUGCCGAAUAAUGUCGUUCGGAGUCACCAGGACAGACCCCAGGGCGAUCUCGCGAUGGAAAUCGAUUAUUCGACUUGUAAACGAUUAGGGGCGUCGUAUUGUGCACUCCCGAAAUCCUACAUGCAGCCAAAAUGCACCGGGAGAACGCAGCUCUGCAAAGAGGUUCUUAACGACACCUGGGUGUCUUUCCCAACGUGGUCAGAGGACAGCACGUUUGUCACCUCAAGGUUUGCCAUUUUAGUUUCUCAAAGCAACGGCCGUGCUUUCGUUCCUUUGCUGCUUAAACUGAGAUUCCUCCUCGGCGAGGGCCAGCGCCCUCUCGUACAUUUUCGUCAAUCUCUCGCAGAGGAUCUGAUGCAACCUCAAAAAGAGAUACCAGUGAUUGCUCCCCAUAAAAAGGGCAUACUCCUCCUCCGGGUCGGCGAGCAGACUAUUGUGAAUCGGCGAUUUCAUGUCGAGUUUGAGGUCAGGCUCAAUUUUAAUCUGCGUGGAAGAUGGCGGCGGCGGCGGCGGUGGCGGCGGCGCCCCUGGCGAGACUGGUGUCUUGAUUCGCGUACUCUGAAGUCCACCAACCACCGAACAAGUUGCACUCGCCGUUGCCGUAUUAUUGCUGCACGACAAACCACCCGUCUCCUCCUUCUCCUCGUCCUCGUCCCGCUCGUCGUCACUCAGCUCCUGUCGCGGAUGGAAAAACAGAUCCGGAAUAAAGUGCUUCAACAGCUGCUUUAUCCUCUGCUUGUCCUCCUUGUGGAUCGCCGUCUGCCGCUUGACAUGGUGGAUCAGGAGAUUGGCCGCGUCGUCCAGGACCGAUUUGUCCUUGUAGGAAAAGAUCAGAUGAGGACCGGCCGCAUUGUGCGUGUCCCCGUUAUUAUCGUCGACCUGCUCGUGCCUCUCGUCGUAGAGCGUCUCGAUUUCGUUGAAGAGACUCUUCGACCUCAAGGCCUUCACGUCAUUCUGCUUGAAAUUGAUGCCCUGAUGAUCGAGGGACUUCAGAUAGUACUUCUCGUUCUGCUCGCGCCAGAUUUUAUUGAAGCCCUUCUGCGCCUCUCGCCACUCUUCCUCCUUGUUUUUCAAUCGGCGCAGAACAACGGGGACGGCAAUCAUGGGAUUCUUUUUCAAUCCGUCGAUUAUAUCCGCUGCCUUGUCGCCGUAUAUCCUCUUCACGGCGCGCUGGUGUAUCGUUGGCGAACAGCCACCGAGGCAGUCGUCCAAUUUGAAUUUCUGCAGCUCCUCCUGGCUCAUUCGACUCAUUUUCUUGUGGACGCCUUCCAAGACUCGAAUUGUCGCGGCAUUCGUCUCGAUCACGCCGUCCAACUCGAAUCUCUCGUCCUCGCAUCGGUAUAUAAAUUCCUCGUACUGGGUGAAAUCCCGAUAGAUGAUUAUUAUCCAGCGUUUUUGGAUAUGGUUAAAAAUGUACUUGAUGGAAAUAUGGAGAGUACAUCGUACGAGGAUACACUCAGAGAAAUGUUUGGCAUCCAUGCGUAUAUUGCCUUCACAUUGGACAAAGUCGUUUCUUAUGCUGUCCGACAAUUGCAACAUCUGGUGUCGGACCCAACCUGCCAGCAGAGCGUAGAGCUUUUUCAACGAGAGCAGAGGCUACCAAAAGAAAGUAGUGGUGCUGGUGGACUCUGUGCCACCGCCUAUCUUAGAGUUGGUGCUGAAAUGGCCUAUCAGAGAAGGGCCGAAAAAGCCAUGGCGGAAGAAAAUUGCUUUAAAAUCUAUAUCUUUGUUCGAUCACGAAGCGAGCAACGGAAGAGACUUUAUUGUCGAUAG